GACCCAAAAAAAAAAAAAAAAAAAAACGACAAAGAUAGUUUUGUUCGUGUGUUUGUGUUUCUGUGAAAAACCAAAACUAUGAGGGGAGGUGGUCAUGUUCCGAAUAACCCACCACCCAAACCGGGUCUAUCCAUAACCGAUGAAGAUGCAGACACGGCCCGACCCAUCUCCGCCCCUCACCGGAAGAAGGCCACGGGGGUGAGAGCUUGGAUGGUGGUGGACUCCACGGGCCAAGCGGAGGUGAUUGAAGCUGGUAAACAUGCUAUCAUGAGACGAACGGGUCUGCCCGCCCGUGACCUUCGGAUCUUGGACCCGCUUCUCUCGUACCCGUCAACCGUGUUAGGUCGAGAGCGAGCAAUUGUGAUCAAUCUGGAGCACAUCAAGGCUAUCAUCACAGCCCAAGAGGUUCUCUUGCUUAAUUCUCGUGACCCAUCUGUCACCCCUUUUGUUGAAGAGCUUCAGAGAAGGAUUUUGCGUCAUCACCACGCCACCACUGCUCAGGAGGGCAAUGGUGAUGAUUCAAACUGGUCAAAUUUGUAUGACUUGGGAGAGCCACAAUCAAGAACCGGUAGUCCUGUAAAUUUAUCUCAAGGGUUUCCACAGUUUCAGGAUCAGGAUGAGGAAGGCAAGGCAGAGGGGAAACAAGGCCUUGACAAUCAAGAUGGAAUGAAAGUUCUUCCAUUUGAGUUUGUUGCAUUGGAAGCAUGCCUUGAGGCUGCUUGCAGUUGCUUAGAAAAUGAAGCAAAGACAUUGGAGCUGGAGGCUCAUCCAGCCUUAGACAAGCUGACUUCAAAGAUUAGUACGCUUAAUUUGGAGCGUGUCCGGCAAAUUAAAAGUCGUUUGGUUGCAAUAACUGGACGUGUUCAAAAGGUUAGGGAUGAACUAGAACACUUGCUGGAUGAUGAUGAAGAUAUGGCCGAGCUGUAUCUUACGGAGAAGUUGCUCCAACAAAACCUUGAAAAUUCAUCUGCUUCCACUCUAAGUGAGAAUGACAACAUGGAUGAUGAAGUUCUUGGAUUAGACGUGGAUGAUAGAAUACCUGCUGAAAUCUCAGCAGAAGCUGGCAGGGGUUCUGCUAGUUACAAAAGUGAACUUCAAAACAUCAACAAUUCCCUGGAGCAACCAUAUGGUGUGUCUAAAGCACUUAGUAGGGACAGCCAUGGGAUCCAUACUAGUACUACUCACAGUGUUACAGGCAAGCACCUGGAUGUGGAGGAGCUUGAAAUGCUGUUGGAGGCAUAUUUUGUGCAAAUUGAUGGUACACUAAACAAACUAUCCACGCUUAGGGAGUAUGUUGAUGAUACAGAGGACUACAUCAACAUAAUGCUGGAUGACAAACAGAACCAUCUCCUGCAAAUGGGAGUCAUGUUGACAACAGCAACCAUGAUUUUGAGUGCAUUUGUUGUGGUUGCUGGUAUUUUUGGCAUGAAUAUCACUAUCGAGAUGUUUGAAAAUAAUCAAUUAGGGAUGUCAAGGUUCCUAUGGGUUGUUGGGGGCAGUUGCACUGGCAGUAUUUUCUUAUAUGUGAUUGCUAUCGCCUGGUGUAAGCACAAGCGCUUACUAGAGUAGUGAAGAGCCAGCUGUGGAUCUUUGUAAGAGGCCUUUUGAUUUCUAGGAUCUGUUCUGUAUUUAUGCUGGAUGAAUUUUACAGAGACAACUUUCUAUACAUCUUACUGUACUGGGUUAUUACCAUACAUAUGCUUGGAUGCUGUAAAAUAAUUGUUACAAUUUCUACAUGUUUUUGCCUACAUAUGCUUUGUCUUCUGUACAAUAAAAAUGUUACAAUUCAAAUAUAGAGCUUUGCUGGUAAAGUCCAA